GCUCGUACAGUAAUUACCAGACUGGAUCCCUGCACCGCCGCUGCCCUGGUGUGCCUGCCCAGCGCGCCGUGCCUAACGACUCUUGUACCAAGGCUCUCGCACUCCUCUUUACAAACCUCUUUGCGCUCGUUCGGUUUGUCCACCAGCACCCAAAUCCUCCUCACCCUAGUCGCUCACUGCAACCCCCUCUAAUUGCCAUAAUAAUGUUUCACUUCUCAAAGGGCGCUUUGCCCUGGCUGCUGCUGGCUGUGUCUCGCUUUGCUGAUGCCGCCUGCGAAUGUGGAUACUCGCUCAACCAGACUACCGACUCUGAGCAUGCACUCUUUACAGAAUUAAUGGAGAACGACUUCCUGCACAUGGAUACCAACAACAUCACUGAUUACGGAUGGCGGCCACAAGUCUACAAUGUAUCGGUGCCUCCUGACAACAAGAGGAUAGCUUUCGGCAAGGAUUUCAGCAUGGGCAACAUCGUCCCUAACCCUCUUAAGAAAAGCAGCCAAUGGUCUGGCGAUGCUGAUCACGGUGGUGAUGCUGGUCUUGAACUCUGGGUGCGCGGCAACCACUCUAAUGGCUACGUCAACGGUUCGGAGGUUGUCUCGGUCAGAGAUGAUAUCCUCCUCGGAUCCUUCCGCGUCGGAAUGAAGCUGUCGAACUCAUCGGGAACAUGUGGUGCUUUCUUCUUUUACUACAACAACUCGCAAGAAAUCGACAUGGAGUUCCUCUCCCACGAGUUCAAUAGCACAGGAGGCGCUGUCAACCUCGUCCUCCAGUCUCCGGAAUCCGUGGCCCAUGGAAACGACGCCGCUGGUACCUCAACCUACAAGGUCGCGCCGCUACCUUUCGAGCCAGACAACAUGUUCCACGAGUACCGCUUUGACUGGACCGCAGACCGUGUCGUCUUCUAUGUCGACGGUAAAUUCCUCUGGCAAAUGACUGAGCAGAUCCCUACCGAGGGUGGUGGUCUUUUCUUCAACCACUGGAGCAACGGUGACCCCAACUGGUCCGCCGGACCCCCCGCCGCCGACACUGUCAUGACGAUAUCUUACAUGAAGGGAUACUUCAACUCCACCGACACCGAGCGAUCGCAGAACGACUACAAGAAACGCUGCCCCACAUUCGACCCAGCCAAGGUCUGCCCCAUUCCCGCGCAAACGUCACCCCCAGAUGCCUCUCAGGGCACAGAUGGAGCAAAGACAUACUUCUUCUCGCAAGAGGAUGGCAUGACACCGGGCCAAAUCCUCUACAGCAACGGAGCGACUCUCUUUGGAGCUCCGGCAAUUUCUGUACUAGUCCCCUUACUAGUCACCUUCAUCAGCUGGACACUAGCGUAGUGGAGUAAAUGAAGCAGACCACUGAACGUUACUGUACUGGCCCCACGUUUCUUUAUCGCGACAGCCACACUCUCAAGGCUCUUUAAGAAGUCUUCGAGAUGCGGCAUUAUGAACGCAUGACUUAGGCGACGGCGUUCUGGACAUCUUGCAUUACACUUCUUUUUGGACUACCCAACACUCCUUUACCCGCACGGAUGCGUCGACCUCUACAAUUGCUCGCUGGACCAUUCUCUUCCAACUAUCACAUUUAGUGGCGCGAUUGCUGCCCAUCGUAGUCCUUACUUUCUUUUUCGUGUGCAUAUAGACUUGGAUAC